AUGUUCACAGGAGCACGAACAACAGUGUUGCGAAACGCAGCCCCUGCGCUUGCGUGCAGCAGUGUCAUAAACACUGCGGGUGCUGCUGCUAGUAGUCGACAUCUGUCCACUUCAACCUCACGACGGCGUAGUAGUGUGACAUCUUUGUUCGGCUGGUUCACGGCCAAGACCCUGCCAGACUCGGACUCGAUCGUUGCAUCCUCCACUUCAAGCUCGUCGUCCAAAGCCACCUCUGCAUCACCAGCAUCACCAGCAUCACCAGCAUCACCAGCAUCACCAGCAUCACCAGCAUCACCAGCAUCACCAGCAUCACCAGCAUCACCAGCAUCACCAGCAUCACCAGCAUCACCAUCAUCACCAUCAUCAAACCCACAUCCACUUCCAAUCGCAGCAGCGUCACCUUCUUCCUCCGACCAUCCAACAGCCAUCCAGCCCGCACAUCCGUCUGUGCCAAUACGAGGCAAAAUGCUGGCUCGAGACCAAGAACUCCUAUCCAAACUCCUGGAUCGAGAAGGUGGGGCCGCCGGUGUAUCCAUAGUCAACGGAAGGUACGAAGAAGGUCUGGGUCCAGAGACCAAGAAGAACAUGUUCAGGCUCAUCUAA